AUGUCUGUCCGCGCGGGCGUGAGCGCUUCCAGCGCCACAGUGACGGCCACGGUGACGGCGGCGACCCCGGCCACGGCAAGCGUCGACGUGACGGCGGGCUACAAUCGCUCCGCCUGUACCGAGUGCCAGCGCAGGAAGCAAAAGUGCAACCGUGAGUGGCCGUGCGACCGCUGUCAACGUCGGAAGAUAGCCGACGAAUGUCGAUACAGCUACUGCUCCAACAACACCGUCGCCAACCCACCCUCUGUUGCCCCGUCACACCCCAUCGUCAAGGACAAGGACUAUGCCAGAAACGAGCCCCCUUCCUCCACGCUGGCCCCCCGCUCAGAGGCCAAGCCUUCUGCCGAGACCCCCGGGUUUGAUGCCCUGGCCGCCGCGCGCUUGUUCACGACGCUUGGUAUAGAGUCACAGACCAAAUCUUCCAAGUCGGCUCCAAAGGAGGACUUUGCCGCCCCAGAUUCCUCGCCUCAGAUCGAGCGAGUCCUGCAGCUGUUGCCACAGCGCCAGGUCAUGGACGAUCUCGUCCGUAAUUUUACGCACGAUAUCAACUAUCACUACUACAUCAUCUAUCCCCCCGACUUCCUGCGUGAGUAUCACAUCUGGUGGGAAAGACGGUCUAAGGGCCGGCAAAUCACUCUUCAAUACACCUGCCUCCUGGCAAUGAUAUGUGCCUGCUGUGUCCAGCACGCGGACAACGAAAUGCAGGCGGACCUCCAGCGUGCCUCGAGCAUGACCGCCGAUGCACUCUCGGAGACGCUUCAUUGCGCCGUGCGGGAACUCGGCAGUGUCAUCCCCGUUGGCCAUUUCCAUAUGCUCAAUGUCCAACGCCUGAUGCACUCGUGCUACUGGUACAAAGCCGAAGCCAGAUUUCUCGAGGCCUGGCAUGUCCUCAGCGCCGCCAUUCUCGAAGCCAAGGAACUCGGGUACCAUAGGGAGCCACCAGAGGGCACAGAAACAGAGCAUGAGCGCGAAAUGCGGAGGAGACUCUGGUGCAUUCUCGAUACUUGGGACUGGCAGAUAUCGUCCGGUCUCUCCCGACCGAAAAUCAUCAACAGGGAGGACUGCAAUGCUGAGCUUCCUUCGCUGACGCUGGAGCGGUUUUCGGGUCAAGCGCCGUCUCCGUUGCUCCACAUGAAGCUGCAAUCGGCGCUGACGCGGCAAUUGGCGUCGCGGUUCAGCGCCCCCAAGAACAUCAUCAAGCCACCCGAGGUCCAGGAGUAUCAGGUUCUGAUCGAGGCAUGGAUACUCCAGUUCCCUCCCGUCUAUCAACUGGAGAACCCCGACAAGUCCAAGGACUCUCAGUUCCCAUGGAUUUUCCCGCAUCGGUAUUACGUCAAUACCAUGGCGUGUCUGUUGAUUCUGAACCCAAUCAGACACUACAUGGUCAAGUCGUAUACCUCGGAUACGCCGCCCGAGGAGCUGAGCAUCCGAGCCAUUGGCGUCUCCUACUCGCUGAAGCUGAUGACAUCGCUGCGGAGCUGGGUCAACAGCAUCUACAACCGAGACGGCCGGCUCCACUUCAUUGUCUUCUCCAUCUUUGACACAGCUGCCAUCCUCUGCACGGCCGUCAUCAAGGACAGUGAUCACAUGCUGGCAGAGCGGGACGAGAUACUGUACGCCAUUAGCGACGCGGUGGCCAUGCUUCAGUGCCUCAAUAAGAUAUCCAAGACGUCGAGGACGUCGUACGAUUUGCUGGAGCGACUGGUGCGCAGACUGCCGUCGCCGACGGCGCCUCGUCAAAGCCAUGCCCGGAAGAAGGCCAAGAUGACAUCCAACUUGCCCAAGCCUGUGCCCGAAUCGGUGGCCAUGGCCCCAGCGCCCGUGCACAAUACGGUCAACAUGCCGGCCGCGUCUGCUCCUGUGGCUGCUGGCUAUGGCGACCACUUUGACAUUCCGCCCGUGCCUCGACCGAUUUUACGGAGGAACUGUGUGGCGGCCCCCCAGAGCAGUGGAGUGGCCAGCGACGGGAGAGCCCAAUCUGACUACUCUACCUGCUCCGAGAGCUCGCCUCCGGGCAUGGACGACGCGAUGCGCUUGUCCUUUUCCACCGUUGGCGACUUUAGUGCCGUCCCUGUCGAAGGCUUCACGCAGCGCGUCAUGGAUCGUGGCGGCAAUUUUCCGCCGCCGGCGGCCGAAGACGAGGCUCCCGACUUCGAGCUUGAAACCGUGACGCAAGCACAGCUCGGGGAACUGGCGCCUCUGUGGAACUGGCACUCUGAGAAUUUGAACUUUGCAAACAUGGGCAGCGGGGAAGUUGCCGGCACUGGGCUUGCGCCGCCAGUGGCGCCAGGAGUAUGA